AAUUUCAUCGACAAUUAUUUCCAUUAUUAUUAAUAUGGAAUAAUACAAAUCAAACUCAACAUAAAUCUUCGAUUCGUAUAUCGAUACCAUCGAUAGUUGAAUGUAAAUCCGGUUGGUCAUAUACAAACAACGGCAAUGAACGACGAAAACAAUCGUUGAAUGUAAAUUAUUCGAUUGUCACCAAGUGGAAUCUUGUUUGUCGAAAUGAAUGGCUACAAUAUUUAAUCAUCAAUGUAUUUCUAAUCGGUUUUCUUAUUGGUUUUCUAUUACAUUAUUUUCUUUGUUAUAAUAUCGGUUAUAGACGAUCAUAUUUUUCGAUGCUCAUUUUACAAUGUAUUUCCGGUACAUUAUCAUCAUUAUCACAAGAAUUUAAACAUUUUGCUUUAUGUCGUUUUUUACUUGGAUUAUCAUUGCCAACUAUAUCAAUGAUAUCGACCGAUAUAAUGAUCGAAAUAGCCGGUAUUGGUUCAAUGUCGAAAAUUAUUUUCUUCAAUGAAAUGAUUCGUUUGUUUGGUGUAUUACCAUUAUCAUUGAUUGUCUAUUGGAUUGAUGAUUACCAAUCAGUAUUGUUAGCAUUAUCUGCACCAUUUAUCCUAUUUUUAUUUUGGUGGUGUUUUUUUCCCGAAUCGAUCAACUAUCAACUUGUACAUGGUCAUGUACAACAACUUGAAAAACAAAUAUUAAAUAUUGCUCAUACAAAUCUUCGAUAUAUUGAUCAAGAAUAUGAUGAUUCAUUAAAGCGACGAAUACAUAUCGAAUUAGCUAUUUAUCGUGAAUUUAUGAUUUCAUCAUUGUUAGCCGAUUGUCAAUUAGAUGAAUCAUUAAAAUUAUCAAUCAACAAUCAUCAUCAAAAUUAUCAAAAUUUAUAA